AUGUACCAGAGGAAAGUUAUCAUUAUUUUUUUAAGAGAAUUUGGCGCGAAAUAUUAUAAAACAGGUAAUAUUAUAACAACUCGCGCUAUUAUUGAAACUCCUAUUGACCAAGCCUCACCAGUUAACCCUGAUAGAAGAAUCGUGGAACACAAUAUAACAAUCGCUGAAACAACAGAUUCAGAAAUAGAAACAGAAAAUAAGGAAAAAGAAAUCUACAGAUGGAAAAAAACUAAUCAAACAAACUGGAAAAGAAAUAAAGAGUUGGAGACGAAACGAAAAUGUUUGCCAUAUAAGAGUAAAACUGGAAAGCUUCUUGCAGCUAAACUACCUAAAAGUCCUAAAUGCAGCAACAAUUGUCGCCAAAAAUGCACAGAAAAGUUUACACAAAACGAGCGUGAGAAACUUUGCAAAUCCUAUUGGUCUAUACAAGAUUUUAAGCUUCAAAAAGAGUUUUUGCAUAAGCGCAUCAUCAUUAAGCCAGUGCAGACUACAAGAAAAUUUGUACCGAUCGACAAACAAAGAAGUUCUAGCAGAGAAUACGGUUUCUAUAAAAAUAAGACUGUUUUUCAACGAGUAUGCAAGAACUAUUUUAUGUCCACUCUUUGCAUUUCUACUGGUCCAAUCGAAACUGCAGUAAAACACGUGGAUGAUCAUGGUGUAUUUACAAAAAUGGAUCAUCGUGGCAGAAAAGCGCCUACAAACAAAACUCCUGAAGAACAGAUACAACAGGUAAAAAAUCACAUUGAAAGUUUUCCUUUAAUUGAUUCCCAUUACUGUAGAAAAAAAUCAACCAGGAAAUACUUAGAACCUACCUUGUCAAUAUCAAAAAUGUAUGAUUUGUAUGUGCAGAAAAUGAAAGACAGCAAUAAAGUGCCAGUAAAAUUAAACAUUUAUAAGAAAGUGUUUGGUACAGAAUACAAUUUAGCAUUCUAUCACCCCAAGAAGGAUCAAUGUAGCAUGGGUAACAAUUACAAAAAAGAUAAAACUAAUAUAAAUAUCCAAAAUGCGUAUACUCAACAUAUAGAGCGAAAGGAGGCAUCUUAUAGAUCUAAAGAGCUGGAUAAAAAGAAGUCGGAAGAAGAUGAAUCAUUUUUGUGUGUCACCAUGGACUCGCAAAGUCUACUGCAGAUUCCAUCGACUGCAGAUAUUCAGAUGUAUUAUUCCAGAAAAUUAAAUUUAUAUAAUUCAUCUAUUUAUGAGUUUAAACCUCCACAGAACGACGCUCACUGUAUGAUCUGA